GCCUUCUGAUGCAGACCAGUGCCAACGAGUGAUUCUUUACAUAAACAACAAAGUUUCAGCCUUUUUCCAUUAUAAUCCGCUUGAGUUCAGUGUUGAUAUAAUGCGUGUUCAUUUGCUGCAGUGAAAGUACUGGAAAUCAACGGAUUAUCUCGUGGGAAAUGCUCGUCUUCUACACAUGAUAGAUGCGGAAGAGCUCGUGAUUACGCAUUCAUUUAAUUUAUUACAACCAUUAAAUUUUAUACCUCUACCUUUUUUUUAUUAAAUUAAUACUGUACACAAAAAGUAGGAAAAAAUAAUACUAAUAAAAUGAAACCACCAUCAUAUAAUUCAGAAGCAGUUCGACAAAUCUCUCAAGAAGAGGGUGAAAGAAAUGUUGCAACUGCAGUGUGUGUACAAUUGGCAGGUAGAGCUAUCAUCAGAGUCGUUUCACGCUGUGAGGAAGCUCAGGACAAUUGCAAUCUAGAUUUGUCUGAGUGCCAAUUAAUGCAAGUACCUGAUGCAGUUUAUCAUUUAAUGCGACAUACAGAAUUAAAAUCAUGUGAUUUGUCAAGUAAUGUUAUUACAAAAAUUCCUGCUAAAUUUGCAGUCAAGUUCUCCUUAAUUACUGAACUCAAUUUGAGUCACAAUCAAAUGAGUAAAUUACCCGAAGAGCUUGCAGAACUUCAAGAGCUUGAAAGGCUUGAUAUUUCACACAAUUCGUUCAUUGCACUUCCGCCAGUUACAUAUCGAAUGCCACAAUUAAAACGGCUUCUUGCUAAUAAUAAUUCAAUUAUUGACAUUGAUGUUGAAAGACUUAAACGAGCACCAGCACUGGAAUUUAUAGAUCUCCGAGAAAACACAAUACCUCCAAGGAUCCAUGAUCUUCUUGGGAAUUUAAAGUCAAUACAAGUUGAACUGACACCUCGGCAAGUUGAAGAUUGGGAAGAUCUUACUGUCUGAGAUUAUAGUUAACGAGUUAGUAAAGAUCAAAUUUUACGAGAAUUAUUUAUAAACAAGUUGGCUAAAUUUGCGAAAUUAAAUAAGCAAAGUAACAACAAACAAAGAAAUUAUAAAAACAGAAUAGGAGUAAGAUAACUUGCUCAAUUGUUGAGUCAAUGCAUUUAAAUUGUGUUGACAAAUAUUACAUUUAUUACACUAAUAAUUGUAUUGAUUUAAAGCUAAAAGCUCCUGCUUAAUAAGCGCAUAGAUAUGUACUUAAAUACUUAAUAUAAUUAAUAAAAAAGAACUUAUGAUGAUCGAUUUAAUUAAUCGAUCAUUAAUCUGCUGUGAUUUACACUGGAUAUGACUGCCAAUGUCAAAUGAUAGCUUCUGGUAUUAAGUAGAAAAGUGUGAUAUUUUUUUUAUCUCACAUUAUAAAAAGUAAAUACUACUGUUAAUUGAAAAAAUACAUCAAUUAAAAACAAAGAAUGCUUAAUGAUGAUGAAUAAUAAUAAUGACGAUGUAUCACAGGGAUGUAAAAUUAAAUCUGAUUAUGAUAAUGUUUUAUAGAUAUCUUUCUAUACUUAUAAUCUAGUCAAUAAUAUGUAUAAAAUAUUACACGAUAUUUAGCAAAUGUAAUCCUCAUGAAUUUAUUUGUUAUAUCAAUUUAAGUGUUGCAAUUUAAUUUUUUUUUUAUAUAACAAUACUAACAUUCGUUAAUUAUUUAUUUAGUUAACGAAGGAAGAGAACAGAGUUUUCGAUAUUUUAUAGGUGAAUUCAGUCAAUAAUUCAUAUUGGUUUAGUACCUGUAUUUUAUAUAUAGUAUAUGUAUCUCAGAUAAUAAUAAUAAUAAUCGUAAUUAAUUAUAAUGAAAAGAAUAAUUAUUACAAUAAAUCGUAUAAUGAGUCACAAAGUUAAUUAUCUACAAUACUUAUCAGUUGAUAAAAAAAAAAAUCACAAAAUAUACAGAUUAAACAUACAUUUGUCUCGAAAGAAAUAAAACAGUAUUUUACGUAAAGUGAUUAGAUUAUUUCCAACUGUAUGUAAUCUUGUGAUGCGCAGUUCACGAGGAUCAAAUUACUCAAGGUACAUUAUUAACGAGAAUAGUUGUAAUCAAACUCGUCCCGGUUGUAAAAAAUAUACAAUGGGACAUUACAUUAGCUAAUAAUGAAUUAAAUGUUGUCACAAUUA